AUGGUUCAAUUAUUUACAUUAGGAUCAGUCCUUUGUCUUGUUUUCAUUACCGCCACAGCUGAUGUCCAUAGACGGGGUAAAUUUUUGCCACAUGAUCGUACUGUGAUUAACUGUGCUUCACUUAACCGAAAAGCUCACCAACAUUCAAGUGUACUUGCUCCAUUCACCACUGAAGGACCUUUCUUUCUUCCCGAUGACUUGAAACGAUCCGAUAUUACUGAUGGUCAAAAAGGUAUCCCAUUGGAGCUGACAAUCAAGUUGACAAAUGCAAAAGACUGUACUCCAAUCUCAAACUUUUUCAUUCACGCUUGGCAAACCAAUGCUACCGGCGUAUACUCAGGUAUCGAUGAAGAUACUGCUCCUCUCUCUGGAUUCCGACCGACCCCAGUUAAUAGAGACAGGUCUCUCCGUGGAUAUCAAGAAACAGAUGCCAAUGGUGAAGUCAAGUUCCUUACUAUUCUGCCUGGUUGGUAUUCUGGUCGAGCCAUUCAUAUUCACAUUGAAGUCUACGCUAAAGACAUAACUGAUGAAAAUAAGAUCACUUAUAUUGGCCAAUUUUACUUUGAACAUGAUUUCCCAUUGAAGUUGCGAAAAAUUUAUCCAUAUUCAACAAAUACUCAACGUAUCAUCUUUAACGAGCAAGAUUAUUAUUAUGUCCAUGAUCAUGGAGAUGAAACCACUCUUGAUUUGAAGCAUAAUGGUGCCAAAUUUUCAAGCUAUGCCACAGUCGCCAUUGAUCCAACUGUUACAGUUCAUGUUCAAUAG